AUGGGGACCUGGCAGGACAUUUUUGCAGCUAAGAUUGCAGAUAUGCACUUAACAGAGCCGUGGAUGCUUCAGGAGGACAAUAGCCUGCAGGUGCACGUCCUCAAGCCUGGCUGGAAGGAGUUUGUGCAGCGCCGUGCUCUCGGGAGGUUUCAGUGCUCCCAGUGCUUUCAUGAAUGGUCUUCAGCCAAAGUGCACAUCCUGUUCCACAUGCGCCGGCGCCGGCGCCGGGGCCAGGGCACAGUGUGGAUGCGAGUCUUUCGCCAGACGUGCAGGCGGUGCCCCGAGCCCCGGCUGGAGGAGCCCGAAUUCAGCCAGGAGACCAUGGAGAGGCUUCUGCACAACCUGGUGCUAAAGAUCCUGAAGUACUUCUACCACCUUCCCAUCCAGCCCUCUGACCUCCUGGAAGUCGUGGUGGACGCGCCGGUGGUGGGGCCACAUGACAGCGCCCGCUGUGAGGGAUGCCAGCUCGGCGUCUGCAGCGAGUCGAGGCUGGUCCCGGCGCUGGAUGCCUGGGAACCCUUGAUGGAUGCAGACAAGGCCAGGACCCAUCGCACCCUGAAACGCCAGGGCAUGAGGCCCUAUGCAACCCCAACCCACCGCCCUUCGCCCUUCAACAGCAACUUCCUCUGGAAAUGCUGCUGCUGCAUCGGCAGCUCUUUACUCUGUGUUUUGGCAGUGCUCAUCUUCGUCCUGCUUUAUUUCACCAAGAAGUAG